AUGGUGCUCUGGCGCAAAGGACUAACGCUGGGUUUGAGCUCCGAUGAGAAAUCUCCCGUCGUGGGGAGCUCCAGCGACGAUGCGACUUCCGCGGAUGUUCAGAGGUUGGAGUUCGAUGCGCGUCGCACUCCACAGCCGGGUGAUCUGACGCUGGAGCAAGAUACCGCGGGUGGAUUGGGGCGGCAUUUGGGGCUGUUCAGCACGACUUUUCUCAUCAUCGGCCGAAUCAUUGGGACGGGCAUCUUCUCCACGCCUGCGACUAUUACCAGCAGUGUUGGUAGUGUCGGAGCCGCGUUGAUGCUAUGGGUCCUUGGGUUGUUACUCUCCUUUGCUGGUCUUUGCGUGUGGCUGGAACUCGGGUGCAUGUUCCCUAGAAGUGGUGGAGAGAAGGUUUACUUGGAGGCUGCGUAUAGGCAGCCACGCUUCUUGGCUACUGUGGUUUUCUCGACCCAAGCCAUCUUCCUUGGCUUUACGGCGUCCGGUUGUAUCAUCUUCGCAGAGAAUAUAUUAAUUGCAGCAAAUCACAACGUGACCGAAUGGGGAGAACGAGGGAUCGCACUUGCGGUAAUCAUUGCCGUUACGUGCAUCCAUACCUUUACCCCGAAUCUCGGUGUCAAACUCAUGAACAUCCUUGGAGUGAUCAAGAUUGUUGUCCUUGUCUUCAUCGUGAUCACCGGAUGGGUUGUUCUCGGCGGAAAGGUGCACAAAAUACCAGAUCCAGGGGCUAGCUUCAGGAAUUCCUUCGCCGGAUCGUCUUCGUCUGGUUAUGAAUACGCAACCGCUUUGUUCAAGGUCUUGAAUUCUUAUGCCGGAUGGUCCAACGCCGCCUAUGUCCUGAAUGAAGUUCGACGCCCCGUCCGAACCCUCAAGGUUGCCGGCCCCCUUGGCCUAGGCAUAUGCGGUGUCUUAUACCUACUCGCAAACGUCGCCUUCUUCGCCGCGGCGACCCCUGGGGAGAUCUCCAGCAGCGGAAACACCGUAGCCACCUACUUCUUUGGCCGAGUCUUCGGGGCGGCCGCUGAACGAGCAUUGAGUGUACUUGUCGCCCUUUCCGCAUUCGGAAACGUCUUGACCGUCACUUUCAUCGUCAUUGUGGCGAUACCGUUUGGCGACGCCUACGACUUCAUCCUCGACCUCGAAGGCUACCCAUCCUCCGUCAUCUAUGUCUUCGUCGGCAUCGGUCUCUUCAUCCUGCGCUGGCGCUCGCCUCAAGUGCCGAGACCAUUCAAAGCCUGGUGGCCUGUCCCCGUCUUCUUCCUCCUCGGCCAAGGUUUCUUGCUCGUCGCGCCCUUCUUGAGGCCGCCGGGCGGGAAAGGGGAUACGAGCUUGCCGUACUGGCUCUAUCCUGUCGUGGGCAUCGCGGUCCUGGCAUGCGGUGUGCUCUAUUGGUUUGGAUGGCGGGUACUACUUCCGAGGGCAGGGCGAUUCGAUUAUGCGGAGCGGCAGAUGACGCUGAAGGAUGGGACGGUGUUGACGGUGUUUGAUAGAAAAAGUUGA